AUGAGUGGGAAAUAUUCGUCUGACCCCUUAUGGGCGGACGUGAAGCCCAUCCCCCUGGACGAUGGCUCCAAGGAGGGUCAGGAAGCCACUCCCCUCGCAACAAUUGCGUAUUCGCCUGCGUACGUCGAGGCGACGUCGUAUCUGCGAGCUGUCAUGGCGGCCAAUGAGGUGUCUGAGAGAGCGUUGAAGUUGACGCAAGAUGUGAUCUCGAUGAAUCCUGCUCAUUACACUGUGUGCUUAUAUGUGCAGUAUACUGAUUUAGCUCGAUGCAGGCUAUACCGAGCAAAGAUCCUUUUUGCACUCAAUAAGAACCUUGAUGACGAGCUCACUUGGUUGAAUAAAGUGUCGUUGCAGUAUCUCAAAAAUUACCAGAUAUGGCAUCACCGUCAAGUCAUCAUGUCAUCGCGCACCGCCUUCCCGACUCUCCCGCCCAAAGAGCUCGAUUUUCUCAUGGAGAUGUUUGCCCAGGACGCCAAGAACUACCACGUCUGGACAUAUCGGCACUGGCUCGUGCGGCAUUUCAAUCUCUGGGACUCCGAGCGUGAAAUCCGAGAUGUUGAGACUCUCAUAAACGCUGAUGUCCGGAAUAACUCUGCGUGGAACCACCGAUAUCUACUGCGAUUCGCUCCCCGGGAGGGUCCCGAAGCUGGGAUGCCAGGAGGCGUGAUUUCAGAUCAAAAGGGUCGCUCGGAUGUUGUUGACGAGGAGCUCGUUGACGCAGAACUCGACUACGCUAAGGAGAAGAUCCUCCUGGCGCCGGAGAAUCGCAGUCCAUGGUUGUACGCACGCGGGGUUUUGCGAGCUGCUGGCCGACCACUCUCUGAAUGGAAGGACUUUGCCAGUCAGUUCGUCACGGAGGAGAAGACGGAGGACGGACAAGUUGUCAACGUGCAUGUCAAGAGCAGCUUGGCUGUGGAGUGGUUAGCGGACGUUUUGGGCGAGGAGGCUCAGACAGAGCAGGAGAGCGGAAAGAUAGCCGAGGCGGUCAAGAUGCUUACCUUGCUCAAGGAGAAAUAUGAUCCUAUCCGGAGGAACUAUUGGGAUUAUAGAAUUCGCCAGCUGAAGGAUUCGACCUCCGAACCAGUCACUGCGUCUGCAUGA